GGUCUGGGCAUGAUAUGUAUGGCAUGCGCAUCUCCUGCGUAUAUAGGUGCGACGCACUGGUUUCUAUUUGUUGCGGUAAUGUCCUUUAUAUCUACACUCAUAUGGUGCGCUGUGUAUUUUCUGUCCCUUCGGGAAGUACUUAAGGUGCCCAUCAACUGGAUCUUAACUGAACUUCUAAAUACAUCUAUAAAAGCCGUGUUUUACAUGAUUGCAUUCAUCGCCCAGCUGUCAGCUUGGACAGCUUAUAGAACUUCAUCCAACGUAUCAUCGAACAUCGCUGCUGGAAUAUUUGGAAUUUUUAAUACCAUUGCAUACGCCGCCGGGGCUUAUUUCCUAUACAUCGAAUGGAAGAACACUAAUGUACAAUGAACAUCAUCGGCCUACAGAGAAGCUAGGUACUUCAAGAGCAUAUAACAUCAAUAAUUGCCAUGACACUAGGAUCGUGAAUUCUCGUCCGUCUAUAAAGAUUUUGGCAUAUUAAGAUCGUGCUCAACAGAAAUGUCAGCGCUGAAAGGAGCGGCUUAAAACUAGUCCAGCGUGAUCCUUCUCAGAUCGUGUGUAGCUUACAGAAAGACUUUACUAAUGUGCCUUAAAAUUAGUUACUUGUAGUAACUGUCGUUGUUAGAACAGAACCUGCUGCCGUUGAGAAGGAUCGAUGAAGUCGCAGAAACGAAUAAAGUGUGCUACAUUCAAAAUAUUAUGGUUGCGUUCCGAUAUUCACUGCCAGUACCGAAAAUCUAUAGUGUACGUGACGUAAACUAUAGAUUUUCAGUACUGGCAAUGAAUACCGAAACGCAACCUACAUAUCCGAAGACUAUUAUAUUGCACUCACAAAAUUUUGUACGAGACCAUUGAACAUGCGCAUCUGUAAUUUUAUCUAAACUUAUAUAAAUAAAAAAAGUGACAUAUAUCUUUUUUUAGAUCAUUUUAUUUAGAAUAAAAAAAAUGUC